GUAGAACCCAAAACAAUUUUAUAGUGCGCGUUCUUCGUGAGUAUAGCGCGUCGCCGGACACCACCAGAGAGCUCGCCGGUAGAUUUCUGCAGGACCUUUGGGAGAUUUCAUUUUUUCCAUUUGGGGUUUUUAUUAUUGUUUUUUUCUUAAUUCGAAAUUGAAAGAGUUUCCUGCGAUUUGACGAAGGCUCGUGACCACGGUACGCGGAAGGAUCGAGAUUAUAAAGAGUGCGCGGGAGCUACGGUUAUAGCAUGCGAUUUUGGGGCAUGAUUUUGGUAGUACCAGCGCGGAAUUGAAAUUGAGGAGGUAGUGGUGCUUUUGGACUGAUUGAGGAUUAUUGAGAGCGAGGUGGUUAUGUAGUGAGGAGUGAUCAGAGACUGCUGGAUGGUUUUGGUUUAUCAGUUGGUUCACCUGGUGGAUUACUUCUUUUGAUCAAUGAUGGAAUACCAACUGCCGCCGCAACAACAGCCCCAGGUGGCGAACACCCCGGUGCCGCCGGUGUCGGGUCACCCCGUCGCCGUGGGGGUGAUGCAGGGCACCCUGACCCACGUGCAGGCCGCGGCAGGGCUCCAGGGUGCCAAUGGGGCCCCCGAUACCACUCAGCAAGACGCCCGAUGGACGCAGUACCAGCAAUUGUGGAGGCAACACGUUUAUAUUAAUGGCAACAGUAAACCUUCACACCACAACGGCCAUGGCCACUCGACGAUCAAAGAACUGGCCGGCGCCAUCCUGGGGGACGACAAAAAGGACGACGGCGAACUGUGGAACACCGUGGAGGCCCAAACUGCCUUCCUGGGGCCCAACUUAUGGGACAAAUCCUACGAGACAGACCUCAAAUACGUGGACCUCGACGAGUUCCUGUCGGAAAACGGGGUGUCGAUGGACGGCCUGGGGACCCACGGGGCCCUCGGACCCCUCGCAGGAGCCCACCCCGUCCCCAAAAGGGAACGAUCUCCUAGUCCGAGUGACUGCAUGAGUCCGGACACCAUGAACCCCCCCUCGCCGGCUGAUUCAAUUUUUUCUGAAGCGCUGUCGAUGACCUCGAGUUGUCGAGACUUCGAUCCACGAACACGGGCCUUUUCAGAUGAGGACCUCAAACCGCAGCCGAUCAUCAAGAAGUCGCGGAAGCAGUUCGUACCCGACGACCUCAAAGACGACAAAUACUGGGCGAGGAGGAGAAAGAACAACCUGGCGGCUAAGAGGUCGAGGGACGCCCGUCGGAUGAAGGAGAACCAGAUUGCCCUCAGAGCGGGAUACCUGGAGAAAGAGAACGUAGGACUACGCCAGGAGCUUGAACGACUGAAAAAAGAAAACCUCAUGCUCCAGAACAAACUGGCCAAGUACGAAGACGUCUAGAGGAACCGCCUCCACCUCCUCUUUUAGCAACAUAGCGCCGGAAUCGUCUGAUAAUAGAAAAUUGUUCAUUUCAUCGAGUGCUUAAAAAUAUUUCGACUGACGGUCGGGGUAUUUUUCGGCUCUCAAUCACUGGCACCGGUUUGACGGGUGUGAGGAGGCUUUUGGGAGAAUUUUGAUUUUUUUUUCGAGAGGGUUUAUCAGCGCCAGGGGCUCCUCACCAUCGAAUCGGUAUUCCAUAUAAGAAGCAACCAAACAUUUGUAUAUAAAACAUACACAUUAUGUAGUAUUCACCUUGUAGUGUAGUAUUAGAGAACCCAGAACUUUCGUUUUUUUUUGCUCUAGGGAAAUAUUUGGGAAAAUCCUCCAUAAAAUCCGUCACGCGCAUUUCAGUCGGUCUUUAACGUUCUAUAUUAGAAUAGACCGUUAUUUUUUUCCCAAAUAUUCUCCCUUAAGUCCUGCCCCGCGGAAGGCAGCUGUUAUUUUGUAGAAUACUUGUUAUUUGUUUUUAUGUUUAUAUAUAGUUUAUUUUUUCGGUUGAAGAUAAGUAAGCGGGACCCUGGACGGGAUAUAACGUUAAACGGUAACGCCAUAUCCCUCUAAUUGUCCCCAUACUAGUAGUACUUUCGUAGUAGAGAUGCUCACAAGGACCGUAGUGAACCGAAAACGGCACUAAAACUUGAUAAUAACGUUAAUUUUUACUAGAGUAGGACCGUUGCAGUUUAUCGUAGUUAAAUUAUUUUUUUGUUUCUGUUAAAAGGGGAUUCGAGAGGCAAAAUUGAUUUUUUAUAAUGAAGGCUGAUAUUUUUGUAGUUGUUGUUGUUGCGCGCAAGACGAGGAAGUUCCGUAUGAGGUGUGAACCAGAUAUGUUAACGCUAUUUUCAUUUUGCAACGAAAACUCCCUUUAAUCCAGAACAGUUUUUGCAGUCCAACUUCAAGGUGUGCUUUUUAAAAGGAUAUCGAGGAUAUUCUUCUGCUAGGUGCUAAAAGAAUCCAGAACACUGCCUCCUUGAGCAUCUCAUCAGUGGAAUUUUCAGAUUCUUCCUCCAUUCCCUCACCUUCUUCUGUUUUCUUUUUUCUUCACAUUGCAUCUAGCUCUUCAGGCUCCAAGUGACCUCUCUCUUGUCAUCUUCAUUUUCUGCUUCUCCUUCUUCUGUUACUUCACGUUAUCGAUAUCUUGUUCACACCUCGUAUGAGUGGCACCAGGUACAACGAGGUGGAAGCGCCUCGUACACGAAGUAAGCACAAAGGUCCGUAAAUCCCGGCAUCUUAUUGUUAGAUAUUAAACCGUUUUACCAGUGUAAAAAUCAACCAGUUGAUAUUUUAGAAAGUAUAUUAAUUGUUACCAUGGAGUACUUAUAAGAUACGAUAUGAUAAUGUUCGGAUUUCUCGGUGAAAAUGUGGCAUUUACGUAUGCUGUACUGCCAAAACAAAAAAAAAACGAGCAUUUUAGCACUACAAAUUGAUAUUGAACGCGCUUUGAACGUACAAUAAAACGUUGGUUACUAAGUGCUUUGGUGUAUUUUUAAGCUGUUUAUUUGGUCUUGGAAGCUAUAAAAUGCUUUAGGACUAGGCUAAACCCUGAUAUUUUGGCAACGAAACGGAAUUUGUUCCAGAGAAUUUCGACCUUCAGAGGGACAUAUCUCUCACUAGGAUACUCCUAUAAUUUCUCUGGUAAUUAUCAAAUUUCAAUUAGGUUAUCGAGGCGUCAUGUCUUUAGCUGAGUUGCUCUAACAACUCCUCAGAUAAGUUCCAAAAUAAUGAUCAGAUUUCAUAUUCGAUUGUAGUUAUUGCUAGGGGGGUCUCUAAGGAAUGAUUCAAGAUAUCAAACGUUUUCUAAUAUGAAGAACUUAAUUAGUUAUGAUAGAUUAUGUGGAACAUUUACCAAAGAGGCAUGGCGCCUUCAAUUGAGUUCCUCUGACAAUAUCUCAGUUAAGUUCCAAAAUAUUUAUCAGAUUUCACAUCUGUUUGCAGGUAUCGCUAGGGGGUUUCCUAACGAAUAAUUCAAGGUAUCAAACGUUUUCUGAUAUGAAGAACUUAAUUAGUUAUCAUAGAUUAUGUGGACCUUUCACCAAAGAGGCAUGGUGCCUUUAAGAGAGCUGCUCUGACGAUUCCUCUAAUAACUUUCCAAGUCAUUAUCCAAUUUCAUAUCGAUUUACAGUGAUCCCCAGGGAGUUUCCUAAGGAAUAAUUCAAGGUAUCAAACGUUUUCCGAUAUGAAGAACUUAAUUAGUAAUCAUAGAUUAUGGAGAUCUUUCACUAAAGAAGCAUGGCGCCUUUAAUAGAGUUGCUCUGCCAAUUCCUCCGGUAAGCUCCAAAAUAAUUAUGAUAUUCCACAUCGGGUUAUAGUUAUCGUUAAGGAGUUUCCUAAGGAACGAUUCAAGGUAUUAAACGUUUUCUGAUAUAAAGCAUUUAAUUAGUUAUCAUAAAUUAUUUGGAGCUUUCAUCAAAGAGACAUGGUGCCUUUAAGUGAGUUGCUUCGACAAUUCCUCUGAGAAGUUCGAAAAUAAUAGCCAGAUUUCAUAUCCGUUUGCAGUUAUCGUUAGGGAAUUUCCUUACAAACAAUUCAAGGUACAAAAUCUUUUUCAAACUUUAGCAUUUAACUCGUUAUCCGGGUUUACGUCAGCGUUGCCUUCAUUCACAACAUUUUUCACCAUAAAAUGAAGAAACUCUGUCCUAAAGCAAUUAUUAGCUCCAGAAGGCUAUUAAUUAAUCCAAAGUAGAUAAAGUAGAAGUUCUGAUACACCCAUACAAAACCGUUUCUUUUAUCCCUAAGGAGACAAUAGGAAUUACUCUGAGAGAACAAAAGUGAUAGCGGAGACCCAGUGUUACCUUUUAAGCUACCUGUACUAAUUAAGCGUAAAUUAAUAAUACGAGGGCCUUAAGAAAAUUAAUUUAUCUGUACAUUUAAAUUGUUGUAAAAAAAAAUGAUAAAUCAAAAAACCUUAUUUUUCAACCUGUAUGUGUAUAAAUUGUUACCAGAAAAACUCGCGUUUUUCUUACUUAAGGUCUAAAUAAAUGUGGGUGAUCCAAGAAAAGCUUUUCUAUGACGCUGUGGCGCAUAUGUCGUAGAAAGUUUUCACUAUUUUGUAGUAUUUAAACGAAUUUGUUAUUUGAAACUGUAUAACUGCUACUGUGAGCAUUAAAUGACGAAAAAAUUUACA